AACAGCUGCUUUGCCAGAAACCAGAAACCAGAAACCAGAAGGCGUUAAAGUAGUUGGCUAUGUGACUUGUACGUCAACUAACCUGUGUUAGGUUUAAAAGUUGUGUGUGUGUGUGUGUACUGUGCGCUGCUCGUCCAUGGUGUUGCUGUAAGGUGUGCUGCAGUCUCUUAAAAGGAGCACCAUGGCAAUGUGGAUCCAGGCCCAGCAACUGCAGGGUGAGGCGUUGCACCAGAUGCAGGCGCUGUACGGCCAGCAUUUCCCCAUCGAGGUGCGACACUACCUGGCCCAGUGGAUUGAGAGCCAGCUCUGGGAUUCAGUAGAGUUGGACAACCCAUCGGAGGAGGCCAAAGCCAAGCGUCUGCUGGACAACCUGGUGGCAGAGUUGCAGAGGAAAGCCCAGCUUCAGGGAGGAGAGGACGGCUUUCUGCUCAAGAUAAAGCUGGGCCACUACGCCAACCAGCUUAAGAGCACUUAUGACCGCUGUCCUUUGGAACUGGUGCGCUGCAUAAAACACAUCCUGCAUUCAGAGCAGAGGCUGGUUCAAGAAGCUACAAAUGCCAGCUGUGGGAGUGGGGGGCAGGCCAUGGAUAGCCUGUCACAGCGCCACCAACAGAUCAACCAGGCCUUUGAGGAGCUCCGCCUGGCCACACAGGAGACUGAGAAUGAACUGAGAAAGCUGCAGCACAGCCAGGAGUACUUCAUCAUCCAGUACCAGGAGAACCUGCGCAUCCAAGGACCUGUCAGAACAACACCAGAAGACCCUAGCCCUGCUGAGGAAGCAGCAGACUCUGAUCCUCGACGAGGAGCUCAUCCAGUGGAAGAGGAGGCAGCAGCUGGCUGGCAACGGGGGUCCUCAUGAGGGGGGGCUGGAUGUCCUUCAGUCCUGGUGUGAGAAGCUGGCUGACCUGAUCUGGCAGAACCGACAGCAGAUCCGGCGCUGUGAACAUCUAACCCAGCAGCUUCCUCUACCGGGCCCAAUGGAAGAGUUGCUGAGCAAACUCAACGCUGACAUCACUGAUAUAAUUUCCGCAUUGGUUACCAGUACCUUUAUCAUAGAAAAGCAGCCUCCCCAAGUGUUAAAGACCCAGACGAAGUUUGCAGCCACUGUGCGCCUUCUGGUGGGCGGGAAGCUCAAUGUCCACAUGAACCCACCUCAGGUCAAGGCUGUCAUUGUUAGCGAGCAGCAGGCCAAAGCUCUCCUGAAGAAUGAGAGCACACACAGUGAAAGCAGUGGAGAAAUCCUCAACAACAACUGUGUGAUGGAGUAUCAUCAGGCCACUGGCACCCUCAGUGCACACUUCAGAAACAUGUCACUGAAGCGGAUCAAGCGUUCAGACCGGCGAGGUGCUGAGUCGGUGACAGAGGAGAAGUUCACAGUUCUGUUUGAAUCACAGUUCAGCGUGGGGGGCAAUGAGCUGGUCUUCCAUGUCAAAACCUUAUCGCUGCCUGUGGUAGUGAUUGUCCACGGCAGUCAGGACAACAAUGCCACAGCAACAGUCUUGUGGGACAACGCCUUUGCUGAGCCAGGCAGGGUCCCGUUCAUCGUACCAGACAAGGUGCUGUGGCCGCAGCUGUGCGAGGCCCUCGAUAUGAAGUACAAGGCAGAGAUGCACAGCGGGCGUGGCCUGUCGGAGGAUAACCUGGUCUUCCUGGCACAGAAGGCUUUUACAAGCAGCAGCAACAACCCUGAGGACUACCGCAACAUGACCAUAUCCUGGGCCCAGUUCAACCGGGAGAGCUUACCUGGACGCAACUUCACCUUCUGGCAAUGGUUUGAUGGAGUGGUUGAGCUCAUGAAGAAACAUCUCAAGCCCCACUGGAAUGAUGGGUGAGAGGCUGGUCUGGAAUCUGUUGCCUUAUACAACCAAGGACUUCUCCAUUCGCUCCCUGGCCGACCGCAUCAGUGACCUUAACCACCUUCUGUUUCUCUACCCUAACCGGCUCAAAGAUGAGGUCUUCGCAAAGUACUACACCCCUCCACUCUCAAAAGCAGUGGAUGGAUACGUAAAACCACAGAUUAAACAAGUUGUGCCAGAAUUCACCAACCCUGAGCCCAGCGGAGGAACUUCCACAUUCAUGGACCAGACAGCCUCUCCCUCCGUGAGCCACCCCAACAACUUUGGUGUCUACCCUUCUAUGAGUGACGCCAUGUUGGAUGCAGAUGGAGACUUCGACCUGGAUGACACGAUGGACGUGGCCCGCCAUGUGGAGGAACUGCUCAGCAGGCCUAUGGCAAACCAGUGGAGCAGUCAGCAGUCCUGAACCUGAAACCCUACACCUGCAGCACGCUCUCUGGUCUUGUCCAUCUUUUAACAUAAACACCCACACUUCUAUUCUCAUUUCUACUGGACAGCAGCUACGGCAAGAAAUUUUCCAUCUUUAUCAGUCCCUGUGGUAGAUCCACAUCACAAUUCACUAUUCAUCUUCAGUUUUAGCUGCCCACUGGAGUUGUGGAAGAGAACAGGCAGUAGACAGCUAUUCAUAAGCAGACCGAAGUAUCACCUACCAUCAAGAGUCAGUGUUACUGGCACUUGACAGAGGCUAGUGUUGUCCUCUCCCGCUUAUCAUAGUUUCUCAGGGCUGUCGUGUGGAGCUGGUUUGGGUCAAUGAGAUUUUUAUACAAAACUGACAGAUAUAGUUAGUUUUUAUGCCAGCUUUGCAUUCACAUGUGCCUGAUGAUGACUUUUGCAUAAAAAUCCACAGUAGACUAGCUUCCUCUUAAAAUACACAGUUAACAGAUGUUAAUGUGACUAAAUGCUAUCAAAUCCUAUCUCAUCUCUAUUACAGGGAAUAUUUGUCACUCAUUAUUAGUAUCUUCAUGAUCCAAAAUACUCUUUAAAAGGACUUAAAGUACGACUAUAACUUCAGCUGAACAUCAGCCACUGUGACCACAAGUUGUACUUAUACUACGACGAUAGCAGAUAGAAUUUUCCUCCAUCUCCAAAGAUUUUCUUGAGUCUGUUGCUUUAAGCACCUGCUCAUUAGGCGACCUGAAUGAGCAAGCAACAAGCGAAAACAUGUCUCCGAGUCAGGUAUAUUGGAGCUGUUGCUCUGUCAUUAGCUGAGCUGUGGCUUAAGCUUUAGGAUGGGAUUCGUUGAAACAACCAGUGGUUCACCGGUGGUUUACUUAAACCCAGCUGCUGUGGCCACUGAACUUUAACUUAAACCUGUUGCACUCCUGGUUUUACUGAAGUUCGACUUAAAGGUAUCCUGUGGAGUUCUUGACCACUAGUAGCACUAAUGUUUUUAUGAAUGGGCCCCCAUUCUGUUGCAGUGUGUAAGUGAUCAGAAUCAGAAAUCAGAAAAUUACUUUAAUGCAGUAUGGCUGUCGCACUGAAGUUAUAUCUCCCUCCUCCUGGGUCUGUGGUGACUUUCAGCAGAAAUAAGUUCACCAGUUAUUUAACAGACAUUUAUUAUUUAAGACAUAUUAAAAGUGGCCUGCUUAGAACAAUGUGUAUUUCUUUUUGCAAAAAAAUAAAUAAAUUACACAUUAAAUCCUUAAAAAGUAAUCUACUCCUUCUAUCUAAAAGUCUAUGGAUAUACAUAUCUAUGGAUAUGUAUUUCUAAAGUUUUUCUGCUGGACACAAGAUGUCUCCUACUUCACUGUAAAGUCCAUUCUCAGUGGAUGUGCACUGGUACAUCACACUGUACAAGUUGCAUACUGGACCAGGAUGACUGUCAAACUAUUUGUGAUGUCACAAAUCAUGUGUUUUUUUUAAUACAGUCCCUUUAACAUCCAACAUCACAGCCCUCAGUUUACACUUACAGUCCUGCUAUCUAGCAGUUGGGGGUUUAAGAAAAAAAAUCAAUACAGUGUGAGAAUCGAUACAGUAUCAGAAAAAACAAAAUAUCGUGUUACUCAAGUGUAUCGAUAUUUUCUUACACCCCUAACAUGGAGUAGCACUGUUUUCGAUAGCGCUUCUGCUGUGUCAGGUUUCUUUGGCCUCGCCGCUCUGGGAUGCUUUCCCAUCUUACAAAACAAAUACUGAUAAUGAUGUGACGAUGUGAUGUCACAUGCGGUUGGCUUGUCAAUACAGCAGUAUUUGAUUAUUUGAGCAGUGGUAUUGGCAAAGAUCUGGUGAUGCAAUCACUAUACAGGGGUUACUAUUCAGUAUAUUGCGAUACUGUAAGCAAUGUGAUAUAUAAUAAUAAUAAUAAAUAUAUAAGCCCUAUUCAUUAUUGCAGUUAGUGCGACAGCCCUACAAUGCACAAAUCUCAAUGUUUUCACGCUAUUAUACUGGCCCAAGAGAUGCACUAAUGUGCCAGCAAAGGCAGGAAUGUUUCAAAAUACUCAAUUUUUGUAAGUGUUUUACAAGGACGGAAAUGGUUAGCUCUCAGGAAUACACAUGCUUUGUUCUGGUGAUUGAAACUGAAACUUUGUUUCAAGUGAUUUGUUCUGUCACCUGAGGCUGUAAGUCUUAGGGAGAGGGGUGGGAUCAUAGAUGUUUUGUAGGAUCAAUUCCAGUCCAACCCCUGAGUGUGUUGUACUCAACAAGGGUGGGUUUAAGUAGGACUUCAACUUUUUAUUUCUUCUUUUAAAGUUUUCAUACUCUGGUUUUAAGUUCUGAUAGUUUAAUUGUUAAUCUGUAACCGCUAUGGUUUGGUGCUUUUUGUAUAACAUUGUUUCUUAAUUGCUUCUAUCACACCCAUUCUCUGAUGCUCUUGUGCUGCACUGCCUUACAGCAAAAUGUUCAAAUAUUACAGUAGGUGCUAUCGUUUAGUCUCAUGAAGUCAGUAACUGCUUUGAUUUUAACCUGAAAUGUAUCCUCGUAGUUUACCAGCCUAAUCAAAUUAGACUUCAAUGUCAAGAGCAGUAAAUAUUGUCACAUUAAAAUGUAAAAUGUCA